AAUAAAAGACGCGGAGAGAGCGCACGAGGGCAGGUCGACGUCUUCUUGGGCACACGACACAGCAAGUCGUGCCCCUCGUGCACUGGUUGAUAGGGAAAAGUGCCAUUCUGCAAGUAUUCACGCCUGCGACAAAUAUGUCGUCGUUUCCUUGUCUCCGAUUCCUUUUCCUCGUCCAUUCCCUUGCUUUGACUUGAAGCCUUUCGUGCUGUAACACCAUCAGGGUGCCACUUCUGUCAUAGCUCUUUACCACACAAAUGGCUUCUUCACAUCUUCCACCAACCCCGGCCUCCUCGACCGACAUCCGGGGAAAGGAGAAGCUCGUGCCUCUUGCCUCAGCAUUCACCCUCCCUCCGUCAGCAUACGCAGACGGCAGUGAUAGAGCUACCUCAUCUCCUCUGUCGAGCCAUGGCUCGGACUCGUCGUACCACCCUCACUCGCCCGUUUCAUUGAACAAUGGGAGACGCAAGUCUACUGCUGCCCAAUCGAGCUCUUCCAAAGCAGAUGACACAUUCGCUCUUCCCCCACCGCCUACACGCAACCGCAAGAUCAUCCAGAUGAAACCAAAGACUGCAGCUAGCGAGAAACAAAAGGAGGAGGAAGUCGAGGCAGCACCAGCCAAGGGUGCUGGAGGCAGGAAGAAGGGUGCCAACGCGAGCAGUACAGCUGCUAGUCGCAAGGUGGCUCGUAAGACAGCACACAGCUUGAUCGAAAGGCGAAGACGUUCAAAGAUGAAUGAAGAGUUCGGUGUGCUGAAGGAUAUGAUACCUGCCUGUCAUGGCCAGGAAAUGCACAAAUUAGCAAUCCUACAGGCAAGCAUCGAUUACCUUCGCUACCUCGAGCGUUGCAUUACCGACCUUAAGGCCGACAACACUGCAGUGAGGCAGAACUCGACAUCACAACCUUCCGCUCCUGUUGUGCCUGCACCACAGCCUGCCGCUGCCGUCGACGAGCCCAUGGAGCCCGAGGAAGAUGACGACGAUCAAGAGAUGUCGGACACGCAUCAUUCUACUGGAGCCUCAACGCCCAACGGACCACUUCUUGCACACACACAAUUCCGAGAGUCUAUUCCUUCUCUAGCCUCUCUGCCUUCAAUGUCUCACUUCACCAACAUGUCACCCGCCAUUGCACCUUCCGAGGCUUCUUCAUCCCGACACUACAGCAUCUCCUCCACCUCUGCUCCUUCAUUCUCUCCUUACAUCCACUCACAACAAGCAUCACCCUUCUUCGCCCCCACCGCAGGGCAACACGAACCCGCUCCUUUCGCCCUCACGAGUCCUGCACUGCGAGCUCAAGACUCAUCAAUGCAUAGACCUGGUGUCGUAAACGAGGACGCACGACUCCGUGAGCGCAGAGAGAAGGAAUUGGAUCACGAGGCUAUGGCUGCUUUGUUGAUGUUGAACACGGACAGAAGAACCUAUAAAGAUCGAUCUGGUCGGGGUAUGAGCGUGCAAGAUCUUUUGAGUAAUUGAGCUGCAUAAGGGAAGGAUGAUCAUGGUAAUGAAAUUGAUGAUAAGCGGUGUACAGAACGUGAUAACGUCUUUGAGUAAUCAGGCAUAAAAGGCAUUUCUUUUUCGAC